AUUUGCCUUGGAGUUAGAAAACAUUAAAAUACACAGUCGUUAAAAUGCAGGAUUCUCAUGACCUCUUUUGAGUCACAAAAACAAAAAUGUUAGCGUUGCAACAUUUGACGAAUAAUCCAAUAAUUUGACUUCACAUCACUGAGUUGAAAGGAUUAAAAACAAGGAUCUUUAUGACCAAAAUAUGAUUUAAUGCUACCUAAAAGUUAAUUUGUAGGACGUUUUUGUAGUUUGUUUUGAACAACCAUCCUGAGCGGUUAACACAGGUGAUGCAUAGCUGUGUGAUUUAUAUAGCACAAAAAAUGUUUAACAGAAGACAAUUCAGACUAAUUCAAGCUGUAUUUAUAUGUAUAGGUUUGAUGCGUGGUUAGCAUUGCCAGGGACGGGUUGGACAGGCAAUGCCAGCAGUGACAAAUGGAUGUGAGACACUCAUUUGCUUAAUUAAACAAUUAAUUAGGAAAUAUCAGAGAGAGCUUUUCCCACAGAGACUUAGUAUUCUAACUCACCCAGACCUAUAUAUCAUAUACAUUGACCCUUGAGUGCAAUCUAACUUCUUUGAAACUGCCAUGAGACAAGUUCCUUUCCGAUCACUCUACUCGACUCCAUGUCUGCCCCAGGUGAUCUGGGUUGGGAAGCAUAUCCACCAGAGGGGUGGGAGGAGAUCAGUGUUAUGGACGAGAGGAACAUUCCUAUGAGGACCUACCAGGUGUGCAAUGUAAUGGAAGCCAAUCAGAACAACUGGUUGCGCACUGGACUGAUCCAGCGAGAAGGUGCGCAACGUGUCUACGUGGAGAUCAAAUUCACUUUGCGUGACUGCAACAGCCUUCCGGGAGUCCCUGGAACCUGUAAGGAGACAUUUAAUGUGUACUAUCACGAAUCCAACAAUGCCGUCGCCGCACCUUUGCGCCACAUUCGAGAGAGCCAGUAUGCCAAGAUUGACACUAUAGCGGCUGAUGAGAGCUUUACGCAGACCGAUGUUGGGGAUCGUGUCAUGAAGUUGAAUACGGAAGUGCGAGACAUCAGUGGUCUCAGUAAGAGGGGCUUGUACCUGGCGUUUCAAGACCUGGGUGCUUGCAUUGCUCUGGUGUCGGUGAGAGUUUUUUAUAAGCGCUGUCCUCUGGCGGUGCUCAAUCUGGCCCAGUUCCCGGACACGGUGACGGGCGGCGAUUCAGCACUGGUGGAAGUGCAUGGCACUUGUGUGGAGGAUGCGGAAGAGCUCGAAGCACCACGGAUGUUUUGCAGUUCCGAUGGAGGUUGGCUGGUGCCCAUCGGCCGCUGUGUGUGCCGGCCAGGCUUCGAGGAGGUAGAUGGACACUGCCAACCAUGUCGGUCAGGUUUCUACAAGGCCUCUGCUAUGGAUGCGUACUGCGUGAAGUGCCCCCCACACAGCUACUCCCACCAGGACAAGGCCUCAGAGUGUGUGUGUGAGAGAGGCUUCUACAGGGCCGAAUCAGACCCUCGCUCUAUGGCGUGCACAAGACCACCUUCGGCACCCGGAAAUCCUAUUUCCAUGGUGAACGAGACUGCAGUCAUUCUAGAAUGGAGUCCUCCUCGUGAAAGUGGCGGACGUGGAGAUGUCACCUACAGUGUCCACUGCAGGAAGUGCUCUGGAGAAGCAGGGGCUGGGGGAGACAGUGAGAGGUGUGUUCCCUGUGGCAGUGGUCCGCAUUUCAACCCAAGGCAGUUUGGCUUGAUGCACCCCAGAGUUCUGGUCACAGAACUUCAGCCUCACACCAAUUACACCUUCAGCAUUGAAGCCCUUAACGGAGUGUCAGACCUCAGCCCCAGUCCACGUCAACUAGUGUCUGUCAACGUCACCACCAGCCAGACAGUGAGCGUCAUCUUAAAGGAAAGGAAGGGCACCGACAGUGUAACACUGGCAUGGCAGGGUCCAGAACCUGCCGAUGGGGCCGUGGUGGAAUAUGAAGUCACCUAUUAUGAAAAGAACCAGCAGGAUCAGAACUACACUGUGCUGAAGACCAAAUCCAACAGUAUGACUGUGGAUGGACUCAAGCCAGGGACCACAUACAUCUUCCGGAUUCGAGCCCGUACGGAUGGAGGCUAUGGGAACUACAGGGGAGAGAUUGAGUUGGAGACAAGCCAUGAAGAUAUGCUUGCUGUUGGAGAUCCCAACCAGCAAACCAUACUGGCCAUCUCUGUAGCAGGCGGAGCAGUGCUUUUGGUGUUGCUGGUGGCUUGUUUUGUUGUGAGUGGACGGCGCUGUGGAUAUAUAAAAGCAAAGCAAGACCCUGAGGAAGAGAAAAUGCAGUUUCAGCAUGGACGAGUCAAACUUCCCGAAACCCGCACAUACAUUCACCCACAUACAUACGAGGACCCUAACCAGGCGGUGCGAGACUUCGCCAAAGAGAUCGAAGUUUCCAACAUAAGGAUUGAAAGAGUUAUUGGGGCCGGUGAGUUUGGUGAGGUCUGCAGUGGCCGUCUGAGGCUGCCCAGUAAGAGGGAGAUCCAGGUGGCCAUCAAGAGUCUGAAAGCUGGAUAUUCAGAGCAACAGAGACGUGACUUUCUGAGUGAGGCUAGCAUCAUGGGCCAAUUUGACCAUCCCAACAUCAUUCGAUUGGAGGGAGUCGUCACCAGAUGUAAGCCUGUGAUGAUAGUGACAGAGUACAUGGAAAAUGGAUCUCUGGACAGUUUUUUGAAGAAACACGACGGGCAGUUCACGGUGAUCCAGCUGGUGGGAAUGAUGCGUGGGAUAGCCGCGGGGAUGCAGUACCUCUCAGAGAUGAACUAUGUGCACCGUGAUUUGGCGGCACGGAACAUUCUGGUGAACGGAAACCUGGUGUGUAAAGUGUCUGACUUCGGGCUGUCGCGUGUGUUAGAGGACGAUCCUGAGGCGGCGUACACUACACGGGGGGGUAAGAUACCCAUUCGAUGGACAGCCCCUGAGGCCAUCACCUACAGGAAGUUCACUUCAGCCAGUGAUGUGUGGAGUUACGGCAUUGUCAUGUGGGAGGUGAUAUCCUAUGGGGAACGACCGUACUGGGAAAUGUCCAAUCAGGACGUGAUAAAAGCUGUAGAUGAAGGCUACAGGCUACCGGCUCCAAUGGACUGUCCGGUGGUGCUUCACCAGCUCAUGCUAGACUGCUGGGAAAAGAACCGCAGCGAUCGGCCAAAAUUUGUGGAGAUUGUCAGUACCCUGGACAGGCUGAUCCGGAACCCAUGCAGCAUGAAGCAGCUGGCCAACACUGCAGUCUGGGAGGACCCAGUGACUCCUGAGGCAGGAGCCAGCACGGUGGAAGACUGGCUGGACUUGAUUAAAAUGGGUCAGUACAAGGAACACUUUUCCAGCGCCGGUUACGUCACCCUGGACUCAGUUCUGUACGUCAGCACCAGUGAACUGGAUAAGAUGGGUGUAGCACUGGCAGGCCAUCAGAAAAAGAUAUUGUCUAGUAUCCAGUGUCUUCAGGCACACCAUGGGACACAGGUUCAGGUAUAGCUCCUCACCUCAACGUCCUCAAACCUAUUCCGCUUCCACCGAGGAGGAGAUUGGGAGCAUUCUUGCCACAUGGAAGCGUCUUGCUGCAAAAAUGACUCUGUUUUAUCUCUCUACCAGCAUUGAAGUUCAUCAGCCCUACAGGAGAAUGGGCUGGUACCUUCCCCUUUGUGAUCAGCAUCCAGAAAGGCAGUAGAUCACUGCGGAUGUCCGAGAUUUUGGAUUUUCCAAAAUCUAUCGAUCCAAGUGAAGUAAGGACAAGAAUCAACACCAUGUGACAUCACAGCACUGUGAACAUCACGCUUCACUCCUCUUUGUACAGAAGACCUUGAGAAGAAACACCGAUUGUGUCUUGUGAAUCUUUUAACUGUACUUAGAGCGAUACUAGUAGGAUUUUCUUCAAUUAAUGUGAACUGCGAGGAUGAGGAAAGCUUCAGUGAAAUGUCCUUGCAAACUUGUGUAUGUGGAAAUAGUUUUGAAACAUUCAGACUCGUCUUUAGAAAGCACUGAGCUCUCUUUCGCACAUACGCACACAUUUAAACGCUACAUAGAAGGGCCGCUCCUUGACCCCGAAUGCCACUCCGGCCAGCUCCCGUCAAGCCCUCGGCAGCGUCUUUGGAAUAUGUUAAUUCCACCGUGGAGAUCCUAGAGUUUAGAGUGCCCACGCUUGUCACUUUUGACAAGUUCUGACAUCCAAUGUGCAGCAACCGAGAAACGAGAGACAUUUAAGGAAUGAAAAGUAAUUGUUGCUUCACAAACAGAGAAGUGACAGUGUGACGAUGUCAUAAAGAGGGCAGAUGUCCUCCUUCCUUCACAAUGGCAGCAACUUUCAGUCGUCUUUUUCAACACGCUGAUGUGGAGCCGCUUCAUUUGAUGUGGCUUUCCCUCUAAUUUCAUUGCCUGUUUAAAGUGAUUUUGCCUCGUUACAUGCGUUUCAUCACAAACAUGAGUGUCUUUUUUGGAAGCAGGAAGGAUAUGUGUUGAGCUUUUUAUGAGGGAGACUUUAUUCCUAAAUCAACUUGGUGUUGAUGGAGCUGCACUCAGUGGACUGUUGAAUCUAUAUUUGUGUUGGACCUCAU